UUUUAAUGAUUUUCAAUUGCAAUUCGGAUUCUGAUACCCAUCAUCUUUACCGUUAAGCCACACAACCACCAUGUCGAAAUUCCUCACCUCCCUAAUCUCCUCCACCCCCGCCCCGUCUUCCGCCGCUCAGCCGCCGCUAAAUUUUCGUAGUUCACCGCCGUCUCACUUUCCCCACAGCUCGUCCUACGAAAUAAACCCAAUCUCCCGCCGAAACGCAGCCGUUUUGCUCUCGUCAAUCAUCACCCCCCUCCUCCCUUCUCUCCUCCAGCCACCGCUCGCCUCCGCAUUCUCAAUCGGAAUCUCAGGACCGAAGGAAUGGCUGAAAGAGCAAAAGAAGAAGACCUACAAAUUUCUCUUAGCUCCGGUCGAUGGAUCUCGCAACAUACUUCAAUCUGCCUAUCUCGUACUAAUGAAGAAAAGUGAGGCCGAGUUUGGCGAAGAUGACUUGGCGGAAGUUCAAAAGUUGUUAGUGUCUGCCGCUAGAGAUUGUGUUCCUCUCGAUAGGAAUUCUUUCGUAGAGUUCCAAUCCACCACCGGAGUGGAGGUCUGCACGUUCCGUUUGAUUGUAAAAAAUGCAUCGUCUUUGCUUGAUGAAAAAGAUCCAAUCAAGUUAGAAGCUGAAGCCAAGCUCGAUGAUCUCAUAAGAUCAUUUUCUUCUCUCAACGGCAUGGUAAGGGAAAGAGGUAUUGAACUUACUUCAAACAGGCAAAGAGUUGCGGAUGCACUUAAUGAUACAAUAUCUUCACUGAACAACUUGGAGCAGGGAAUCAAGGACUGUCUCCAAAUUUGAUCUCUAUAAUUCCUGCAUAAAGGUUUUAUCCACAAACCUUCUUGGAGAUGUAAACCGAUGAGUCGUAAAAUAGAUGCCAUUUUCGUAAUUAAUUUAUCAAAGUUGUUGAUUACCAUUCUUGUGCAUUGUUACGAGAGAUGGGAGAUCAAACAGAAUAUGAGUAGGCUGGACAUCUAUGGCAGUACUAGAAUUAGUUCUCUAAGGUAAACAGCCUCGAUAAUGUAAUGAUGUACGCGAAUUAAAAAAUAGUGUUGACUUCACCAUUUUCGAUCAUAUGUCAAUUAUUUUGGUUGUACUAAAUUUCGAGUCGUUAGUUUCUC